CGCCGGCGGAACCUCAGCGCGCAGGCGGGCGGGGCGCGCGGCGCGGCGGGGCCGUUUGUGUGUGGGACCGCCGUGCCACGUCUGAGGAGCGCGGCCGGAGGUCAGGCCGGGCCGCUCGCCGCCGGGCCCGCUGCUGCCGCCGCCAUGGUCUCGGUCAUUAACACCGUGGACACCUCCCACGAGGACAUGAUCCAUGAUGCUCAGAUGGAUUACUACGGCACUCGGUUAGCGACCUGUUCUUCAGACAGAUCCGUGAAAAUCUUUGAUGUUCGGAACGGAGGGCAAAUCCUCAUUGCGGACCUGAGAGGGCAUGAAGGUCCUGUGUGGCAGGUGGCCUGGGCUCAUCCUAUGUACGGAAAUAUCUUGGCUUCCUGUUCCUACGACAGGAAGGUUAUUAUCUGGAAGGAGGAAAAUGGCACUUGGGAAAAGACAUAUGAGUACACGGGGCACGAUUCCUCAGUGAAUUCUGUCUGCUGGGCACCGCAUGACUACGGAUUGAUCCUGGCCUGCGGGAGCUCUGAUGGGGCCAUUUCGUUACUGAGCUACACGGGUGACGGGCAAUGGGAAGUCAAAAAGAUCAGCAAUGCACACACAAUUGGCUGCAAUGCCGUUAGCUGGGCUCCUGCCGUCGUACCAGGAAGCCUUAUAGAACAACCAUCUGGUCAAAAGCCAAACUACAUCAAAAGAUUUGCAUCUGGAGGCUGUGACAACCUCGUCAAGAUCUGGAAGGAAGAAGAUGGUCAGUGGAAAGAAGAGCAGAAGCUGGAGGCUCACAGCGACUGGGUUCGAGAUGUGGCCUGGGCUCCAUCCAUAGGUUUGCCGACGAGUACCAUUGCUAGCUGCUCACAGGACGGCAGAGUGUUUAUCUGGACAUGUGAUGAUGCCUCUGGAAAUUCAUGGUCGCCAAAGCUGCUGCACAAGUUCAAUGAUGUUGUCUGGCACGUGAGUUGGUCCAUUACUGCAAAUAUUCUUGCAGUGUCUGGAGGAGACAAUAAAGUCACGCUAUGGAAGGAAUCGGUAGACGGACUGUGGGCAUGUAUCAGCGAUGUCAACAAGGGCCAAGGAGGGGUGUCUGCCGUUACAGAGGGGCAGCAGAACGAGCAGUGAUGCAUCAGUGAAUGUUCUAGCUGCAACAAGUGAUCACUAUACCUGAUUUGCAAUGUUUUUUGAAGCGGAUGAACUGAUUUUAUCUAAACUGGACACGAACAUGGGAAACAACAAUUAUCCAAUUUUAUGAGCACUCUAGAACUAUUACUGGGAGGCUACAAUAUGUUGCUAAUCGGCCUUAAUUGACAUUCCCUUAAAUUUAAGGUAAAGAGCAUAGCAAAGUACUGUGCCUUAUACUACUCCUUGAUGCUGCAGAAAUUGUACCCUGCUUUUCUGGGUCAGGGAUCAAAUUGAAUUGGAUAUGCUGUAGUCAGACUUCAAGCACUUGAGUAGGAACAGGAAGAGGCCAUCAUCGUGGUGAGGUGUGAAACCCUUUGUGCCAGGGGACAAAUACUCUGUGCCUUCAAAAGCCAGAACUUUGUUUCAAGCGAGGGGAAGGGCUGGUAGACUUCUCAGCAUUAAAUGACAGCACGCUAGCCCUUCUGGUGGUAGUGAGGUGGUGCUUAGAUCUUCCUGAAAGUAAUGUGCUUGGAUAUGCAAAAGUCUCUGUGCUUUCCUGAAGAUGAAGAGGAGUAGUGGAAUGCAUAUGUCUUUUGCUUUACAAUAAUCUCAAACUUGGUUAUUUAACCAUCAUCAACAAAUCAAACCAUAAUUUGAAGAUUUUAAACCACGCUUCUGUACUGUACCUCAGGUUUGGGUUUUUUUUGUCAAGAUACCAACAGAAUAAAGUCCUAUUGGUUAAA